AUGAUCUCCUGUCCACUCUGUUGCAGUAAUGCAUUCAAUACCAAGGCAUUGCUCAUUGAUCAUCUAACUCAAAUUACCAAUAAUAUACUUUGUCCGAUAUGCUCAGUCAGUAUAACAUCAAUUGAUUGUCUUAUUGACCAUCUCAAAAGCAACAAUUGUGUAGACACAAUAGUUUAUAACCUCCAUCAGAACCAGCUUGAACAACAAUCAGACUAUAACUCGGAGUCAAUAAGCAAUGAAACUCAAGAUUCUCAUAAUACUGAAGUAAUAGAAACUAACAUUGAAGAUAUUUCUGAAGUGAGCUCAUUGUAUACAGAAACGUUAAAUGAACAAGAUACACAGGAAUUGAGGAAUGUAAACGAGUAUGAAGAUAAAUAUGUAAUAAUAGAUGAUAAAGGUUCAGUAAUUAAUGCUGGUCAUUUUGUGUCCACACAAAAUGAGGAUGGUACUAUAACAUACAAAAUUGAAGAAAAGGAACAACCUUCAGAUCUAGAUGUUGAGCCUAUACCAAAAGAAGAAGGUAGAGACAGUGGUGAAGAGAUAUACAGUUGUAACACUUGUGCAAUGACAUUUCCUUCUGUUCUUGCUCAUAUAAAGCAGUAUCAUACAAACCAAAAUGUAGUUGUUGAGGAGCCAAUUGACUCUAAUCUAGAGGAAUAUGAAGAUUACAAUGAAGAAUCAGAAGACAUUCAGGAUAGCACGGAAGAGAAUUUACCAGUAAAUCAGAAAGCGGCAAAGCAAGUAGAACCCAAACAAUUAAUACACAAAAAAUACUUUGCCCAUUUAGAAAUGAUUGAAAAAUUCAAAACAAAUGAAAAUGAUGAAUUAAGAGGACAAUUGAUUGAAGAAGAUAGUGAUCCCACCUUCCACAAAGUUGUUGUAAAAACCCUUCAUACGGAUGACAAGGAAAGUACCGUUUAUAGUUGUAUUUACUGCAAUCAUGUUGUUUCAUCGCUGGCUGAGUUUAAGCAAUUACCUUGUUCGCCCAGGAAAGUCAUAAAGGAACCUCCGAAAUAUACCUGUACCGUCUGCUCAAUGGUCUUUGAUAAUCCCAAAUCUUUGUGUGCGCAUAUGAAAGCUCAUAAGGAGAAACCAACCGUUGACAGUGUGUCAAAAGCGCGGAGUACUAAAUGCCACUGUGAGGUCUGCAAUACCUGGUUUCCGACGACCAAAGCCCUCAAGCUGCACAGGCGAAUGCAUUAUCCCAUUAAGCCUCGUCCAAUUGAGUUACCGGUAGGAUCAACAGACACCAAUACUGAGAUUUAUGUGUGCCCCAUUUGCAAGAAGGGGAUACCUGUUGAAUAUCGAUUAAUUCAUCAAAACUCGCAUAAAUUGCCUGAUGAUUUGACCUGUGAUAUUUGUAAUAAGGUAUUUGCAACGCGGGAGCUACUUGAGAUGCACACGAAUGUACAUAAUAUGUAUAAGAAAAACCCAAAAAAGCAAGAGAACGACGAACUUCGAUACCAGUGCUUUUAUUGUGUGAGGAAAUUUGCGAAACCGCAUGAGAAGGUGAAACAUGAGAGGAUCCAUACUGGUGAAAAACCCCACGUUUGUGAAAUUUGUGGAAAAUCGUUUCGUGUUUCGUAUUGUCUUACGUUGCAUAUGCGAACGCACACGGGCGCACGCCCGUACGAAUGUCCGCACUGUCCUAAAAGAUUUAAAGCGCAUAGCGUAUACCACCAUCACAUAUUAUCACAUUCGGACGUACGGGCUUAUAAAUGUCCGUUCUGUCCGAAAUCGUUCAAGACGUCAGUACAACUUGCCGGACACAAAAAUUCUCACACAAAACCUUUUCAGUGCCAAAUUUGUAAUAGGCCAUUCGCGUCCUUAUACGCGGUACGCUUACACAUGGAAGUACACUCGCGUCUAAACAGCCUAAAGUUCAAAUGUACGGAGUGUGGUGCUAGUUACGCGCGGCCCUUCGCCCUCAAAGACCAUGUAAAGCAGGCACAUUCCCACAUAGAAGCCAGUGUUGAUAAUAUUGUCGAACAGAAUGAGACUAAACUGCUUUGGGAUGAAAAUAUAGACGAAACGGAAGGAGUUGAAUCACAAGACACUGAAGUAAACGAAUUAAAUUCGACUGAACUUGCUAUAAGUUAA